AAUGUUAUUUUGUGUUUUCCACAGUACCUCUGGACCUGCGCUACUAUGACUGCGCUCAGAUUGAGUUCGAUUGAGUACCCAACUUAUUUAUUGUUAUAUUUAAGUAAAAGACACUUGCAAUGGAUACUCUAAUGACAGUCAUUUUGCCUCCACAGUGACUUUUAUCAAGGUAAUGGCUUGUAUGUGGGACUAAACAUUGUGGUUAAUCUAGCCAGUGAUGUGUCGCUUACUCCACAAUGUUGGUAGCUGCGUAGCAUGACAUAUCCAUCGUGUGUUGAAUGUUUUCUUUGGGUCUUGCAGAUCGUGACGCUGUUGAGUGGUGGGGCGCCACCAGAGAGUGGGUGUCAUCAUGGAGGGUGUGGGCGUGUGGGCGUGGGUGCUGGUAGCCCUGGUGGCUACCCCCAGCUGGGCCACAGCUCAGGUGGGGCUACGGACGGCGCCUCUAACAGCCCCCAGACCAAGAGAGACAGUUGGCAGCGAGAGUCUCGGUCUCUUCUCCAAGUGGUCUGGUCUCGACCUGCACAAGAACCGCACAGGCAGCAGCAUCGAGAACUCCCUGGCAGCCAUCUUCAGGGGUGUCGCCUAUGGUCUGUCUACCUUCCCCACCUCUAGUAGUACCACCACCCCUGCUCCCCCACCACACUCUGCAUCCCACACCACCAGCCCUGCGGGCCAGGGUCAUCCACCCCUGCAACCUGACUCGCCAGAGUGGUCAGACCUGGAGGGGCUCUUGUUUCAGACUACAUUUGAAGAUCUUCCACCUGAAGAUUUUGAAAACCUGUAUCCAGACACGACCAGUGAAGUGGAGGUUGUGCGGGCAGGUGGAGGUGUGGAGGUGGGCAAGACAGCAUGGGUGCGGGAGCUUGGGGUAGCGUGGGUAGUGCACGUGUACUGCGCUGCGGGGAUGUAUAGCCUGCUGGCGGUGCUGGCGCUGCUCUGGCUCUCCAGAGUGCACGCCGCUAAACGCAUCCUUCCACGCACACACUACGUCACUCUCCACCUUCUCAUGUUCCUUUCCGCCUUCCUUCGUUGCGUCCACCUUUUCCACGACCCCUACGGCGCUGACAACAAGCUACCGGAGUCUCUGGCUACAGUAGCGGAGGAGAUAGGUUGGCCGUGCCUGACAGCUGCCCUGGCGCUGGUGGUGAUGGGCGUGGUGCAGGCGUGGAGAAGUCCUCCACACUUGCCGUCCCAGCACAACGCCCCUGUCGCUCUCGCAGUCAUCACAGUCUUCCACCUGCUGGUGUCUAUCUGCGCGCACCUCUUCUCCGUGGUGUUCCCGGAGCAUGCUGGUCCACUGCGGGCUGCGGCGCGCACUGCUACAGCAGCGUGGGGCGGCGUCAUCGGCGUCGGCAGCUUCCUGGCCAUCUGUCGUGUUGCACAAGCUGCCAGGCAUCGCCACGGUCAUCUCACCGUGAUGCUCAGCAGAGACGUGAUGGACGGUACCACACAGCAUCCCCGGGCUACUCUUCUCCAGGGAGCUAACCUUGCCUUAAUAGCAGCGUUUGCUCAAGUGGUCCUGGCAGCCUUGCAUCUAUAUGGACUACUGGGUCCCCACUACAUCCUGCAGCUUCCCCCAUCCCACCCAUGGCACUGGCUAGCCUUCAAGAGUACUUGCUGCUUGCUGGAGCUCCUCACCUGGGUACUCUUGGCUUUCAUCUCCCUGUUGACAGUAGGAAGCAGUCCUGCGAAGCGGGAGACAUGCGAGGAAGGUAGACUGUGGUCGUUGUUUUGGUGUGGGAGAUGCAUGGGACAAGAAGCCCCUCAGAAUGAGGUGUGUGCCAACGUGUUUCAGAGGAGCCAGGCUGUAAGGAGCCACACUCUACACACCUGCCCCAACACCGGUCCUCAGGAGGUACUGACUCAGUCGUACCCAUCACGGCAGGCCUCUCACUCCCUCCGUAACCCACCACUGUUCCGUUCCGGGGCCUCUGAUGUCCAUUUGCUGUGGAGUCACAGCCGCGCCCAGGAUGCUCUUUCCUCUAGCUGUACCUCCAGACCUUCUUCUAUAGUGUUCUGUGACACAGGUCUUGGGAGGUACAGAAGACCUCUUGAUACCCAAAAUGCAGUGACAGAGACUUCCCAAAAGUCUCUCCAGAAUCUGGAGACCCAAAUUGUAGCCCAGAAGUCAAGUGUUGCACAAAAAUCAUCCAAGAAAGACGAGCCAACAGCAUACGACCAACACUUGUACUACACCUUCUCCAAAAACCAAGUGAAUUCUCCUGUUAAGGUCAUAGCUUCUCCCAAGUCUGAAAGUCCUUCCCGUGAAGGUCGCUUUGAACGUCGUCUACAAAGUCACCUCAGUGGUGACCUGGACAGUGCAGCAAGUGACGACGGACAAUCGAGAAGUGAAGUGGCCAGUGUGACGGACUACAGUUCAACGGACGCCCUGUCCUCAGCUGUAGUGGGUGAUGCUGACUGGUCCAAGUACACCAGCACUUGCUCCUCUAUCAGUGCUGCAAACAGCUUCGACGUUCGUAUGUGUGAUGACUCUGAUGUUCCUUACUAUCAGAUCCCUUAUUCAACUGCUCCCCAUGUGUGUCCUCCGUGGCAUCAGCAGUCACCUCCUGCCCACCUUCCCCAGCAGUCACCCCCUCCCCACCUGCCUCAGCAGCCACCCCCUGCCCACUUGCCUCAGCAGUCACCCCCUACCCAUCGGCCCCAGUUGCCACCCCCUGUUCACCUACCCCAACAGUCACCCUCUGCUCGCUUACCUCAGCAGUCACCCCCUGCUCACCUGCCCCAGCAGUCACCCCUUACCCAUCUACCCAAGCAGUCUUCUAAUCUGCCUAAGCAGUCGCCUAGUCACCUUCCUCAUCAGUCACCUCCUACUCACCUACCUCAGCACGACGGCCUGCAGACAGACGGUGUGCAGAGUUUUGGUUCUCGGCAGACUGAGCAAUGUAGAUCUCUCCGUACACCCAACACGUCUUCCCUCGCCUCUGUGCACACAGCAAAAGAACCACACGACGUGCACGUUAGCGGUUCAUACCCCGAACAGGCCUCUCCCAGCGCCUCUCACCCUCAAUGUUGUCAGGGAGAUGUGAAAUGGAACCUGACAGGAGCACAGAGGUCUCCCCUGCUGGGACACAGAGGUCUCGGCCUCAGAAGUGCCCAAACGGACGCUGUAGUGUCCUUACAAAUCGCCAGAAACACGGACGAAGCAACGAUCCUCGGCAGGAUACCUCUUGUUAGUCGCUCUCCUCAGCUCAGCUCAAGACAUGUUUUAAGAAUAGUUAGAAGUGACUCAACACAGAACAGUAUCAGCUAUGCUACUCAAAGAACUGAAGCUACCCAAGGGACUGAAACUACCCAAGGGACUGAAACUACCCAAGGGACUGAAACUACCCAAGGGACUGAAGCUACUCAAGAGACUCGAUGUGUGUGCGAAGGUCCACAAAAGUGUCACCGGGGUCAGCAGACACAGAAUCGUCGACGCAGCGGCCGGGGCGAGAGAGUUCGUCUGUGCGGUCACCGUCCGCGGCCCAGGCAGGAGGCUGCAGGAGUGGACUCCACAAUAGCCGUCCAAACUCCAGCCAUAUCCCCCCUGGAGGAGGUGAUAGCAUCAUCGACUACUGACGGUGUCACACAGACUGACACCAGCACCGUGGUGUCAGCAUCACCCCCCUCCUCUCGCCCAGGCUCCUCCUUAGGCUCUGACCUCCCGUCUGACGGAGACUCCGAAGUCUCUUUGGGUACCUAUGAGGUCAAACUCGAGGUAGCUGGGCCUCCGGAGGUGCCCCCAAGGAGGCAUGAGCUACCGAGACCCAUCACCAGGCAGGGUCAUGACCCCUGACACAUGUAGUGAGACUGACGAACUGAACACUGUGACCAGUGUGACCCAAGAACACAGCUCACGGGUCUUGUGAUAAUAUUACCUGUGUCACAAGUCUGUGUGAUGGUGUCACAAGUCUGUGUGAUGGUGUCACAAGUCUGUGUGAUGGUGUCACAAGUCUGUGUGAUGGUGUCACAAGUCUGUGUGAUGGUGUCACAAGUCUGUGUGAUGGUGUCACAAGUCUGUGUGAUGGUGUCACAAGUCUGUGUGAUGGUGUCACAAGUCUGUGUGAUGGUGUCACAAGUCUGUGUGACGGCGUGUUACUGUUGUGUAACAUGAACACCAGUAAUCAAAAACAGCGCUGCAGUAAGGUGUCUAGCGGUACAAUACAGAGACAAAAAAAUCAAAAUACCCAUCAAUCAAAACUGAUUUUGAUCUUCGCUCAGUCAUACUUAAAUGAAAAGAAAAAACCUUCAAAAGAUCUAAGGAAUAUGAUAAUGAUACAUGGAAAUGUGUGUACACUUGUGUGUACACUUGUGUGUACACUUGUGUGUACACUUGUGUGUACACUUGUGUGUACACUUGUGUGUACACUUGUGUGUACACUUGGUGACCACAUAGAACAGAGAGGAUCUGUUAUACAGGUACAGAGAGUCUGUUAUACAGGUACAGAGAGUCUAUUAUACAGGUACAGAGAGUCUGUUAUACAGGUACAGAGAGUCUGUUAUACAAGUACAGAGUCUGUUAUACAAGUACAGAGAGUCUGUUAUACAGGUACAGAGAGUCUGUUAUACAGGUACAGAGAGUCUGUUAUACAGGUACAGAGAGUCAGUUAUACAGGUACAGAGAGUCUGUUAUACAGGUACAGAGAGUCUGUUAUACAAGUACAGAGAGUCUGUUAUACAAGUACAGUCUGUCAUACAAUAUCCUCACAAUUCACCUCACAAUUUACCUCACAAUUCACCUCACAAUUCACCUCACAAUUCACCUCACUCAUCUAACACAAUUCCUUCCGAGUCCCUCAAUCAUUUACUUUCUAUUUAAAACAUGGUAGAAAUCCAACACUUCAAGAACUAAACACUGACUCAGCGAUUCAUUAACAUUCUCUAACAUAAUUUUCGUUUACCAUUUUCUGACGAGUUUAAUUCUCUCUUAUUUAAUGUUUAUGUUUAUAGUAAUUAUCUCAUUGAUGAAAGACUUGUAAACAAGACUUAUUUCCUUCCUCUGUUCAGACUUAAUGUUCAGACUUAAUGUUCAGACUUCACUAAUGUUUAUCUAAUUCCAAGUCGUCAAGGUUCGUACAUUAUUGUGACUCUUCCCAGUUAAAAACCAUCUAAUUCAUUUAGGAAUUUUGGACACCAUCUCCCUAAUUGGUUGAAUUUCUCUAAUUUAUACAUUGUAUGUCGUGUUGUGUCUUGUUGUAUCAUGUUGCAGGAGUGACAUCUGUCUUCAGACGUCAUUAGUCACUCAACUGAUCACUCAACCUCAAUAUAAAUUCUAAAACU